AUGGCUUCUCCAGCCAGUUCAGACGAGGGGGAGAUUCGAGAUAGCAGUGUAGAGAAGGCAAACACGUCGCUGCCUCAAUACGAUGGCACGUCCGUUGACCGUCAAGACAGAAACCGUUCUAGCAACUCGAAUUCGAGAUCACCGGAAAAUGGAUACAGGACGAGAGAUAGAAAGUCGCAUGAGAGAAGCAGAUCGCCAUACGACCAACAUGCUAGAGGUUCGAAGCGGUCGAGAGAUGAAGACUACCCAGAUCGAUCUCGAGAUCCACGCAGAUUCAAAGUACACUACGAAGAUGCGCCGCCUGAUUACAAACGCCGCGUCCGUGGCUACGAAGAUCUAGACCGAAAUCCAACUCCGUCUGCAGGUCUACAUUACGAUGAGCGUGAUAGACAGGCUGAGAAACGGGCGCGUACACGUAGUCGUUCGCCGUAUAGAUCUAGUCGUGGGGGAGACAGGAAUUGGCAUGGCUCUCAGUCAAGACGUGAUGAUAGCCGUUACAAUGGUCGUACAAAUGAUCAUCGAAGACCUGAUUCUUACGGUCAUGGAGACCUGAGAAGUCGGGAAUCAAAGGACCAGUCAGUGAGCAAACGGGGACCAAGCCCGCUGCCUGCUGAUAACGCAAGACAAGAGGCUAAAACUACCAAAGGAUACUCACAGCAACGUGCUGAUCAGUCUGCCAAUCAAAGUCAUCAAUCUAGGACAAACAGUGAGGUCAAGGUGCCUGCUAUUGAAGCUCCGGAAGAGGAACCUCUCGAUGAAGCAGCUCUGAUCGAACAAAGACGAAAGCGUCGUGAAGCAAUUAAAGCUAAGUAUAAAGGUUCCGCUACACCUUUACUGGUACAGGCUUUGCAGCUGGGAGAUAAAUCAGGAGACUCCACCCCAGGCCAACAAGAUGAUACAACACCGUCUGCUCGAUCGACUUCACCUAUGAUUUCUACCCCUGGAACUCCAAAUGAAGCUCAAGAUCUAGGAUCUCCUGCUGUUUUUGCCAUCACUGACGACCAAGACCUUGCCAAUACCAAAGGCGAACAAGCUGGUGACGAUAAUGAUGGACCAUCAGCAGCUGACUAUGAUCCUACCAUGGAUAUGAGAGAGGAUAAGCAGCGAGAUGACCAGAGACACAAUGACGAGGUAUCAUCCGGAGCAUAUGACGAGACAGUACCCACAACCGAACAAGAUGUGCUACUCCCAACCACUGAACCCGUAGAAGAGAAGCCAAAGAAAUCCAAAGUUGACUUUGACAUGUUCGCGGACGACGAUGAUGAUAUGUUUGCUGAAGACCCUCUCCCGAAUGGCAAUGCGAAUGCAGAAAAGUCCACUGAAGUGGCCAAGGCAGUCGCAAUACCACAGGCCAAGGAACUCGACAUCGGAAUGCUUGAUAAUUGGGAUGAUAUCGAAGGAUAUUACAAGGUCAUUUUGGGAGAAUUGCUGAAUGGCAGAUACCACGUUCAGGCCAACCUUGGCAAAGGUAUGUUCUCUGGAGUUGUUCGAGCUAUGGACGUAACCACGAAGAGAUUGGUUGCUAUCAAACUCAUUAGAAACAACGAGACAAUGCGUAAAGCUGGCAUGAAGGAGAUUGAGAUCCUCCAGAAACUAAAUGAAGCCGACCCCGAAGAUAAGAAGCAUAUGAUCCGACUUGAGCGCCAGUUCGAGCACAAAGGUCAUCUGUGCAUGGUCUUCGAGAACUUGAGUAUCAACCUUCGAGAGGUGUUGAAAAAGUUUGGCCGUGAUGUCGGUAUCAAUCUUCGAGCUGUUCGAGCUUACGCCCAGCAAAUGUUUCUUGGACUGAGUCUGAUGCGCAAAUGCAACAUACUGCACGCAGAUUUGAAGCCUGACAACAUUUUGGUCAACGAGACGCGCAACAUGCUCAAAAUUUGUGAUCUGGGUUCCGCUUCCGAUGCAUCAGAUAACGAAAUUACCCCCUAUCUUGUGAGUCGAUUCUACCGAGCGCCAGAGAUUAUUCUUGGAAUGCGGUAUGAUUUCGCAAUUGAUGUCUGGUCUGUUGGUUGCACACUGUACGAGCUGUAUACCGGCAAAAUUCUAUUUACAGGUCGCACCAACAAUCAAAUGCUCAGAUCGAUCAUGGACUGCAGGGGUAAAUUCACGACGAAGAUGCUGAAGCGCUCUGAAUUUGCUCACAUACAUUUCGAUGAGAUGGCCAACUUUAGAAGUGUGGAGCAGGAUAAGCUUACUGGAAAGAAUAGAACGUUACUGAUCCAUCAUUCUCCGCAGGACACCAUCAAGACACUUGCGUUCGCGAAACCAUCCCGCGAUCUGCGCACUCGCCUCACUUCUGCAUCGAAGGGCCUCACCGAAGCAGAAACCAAAGAAUUGACCUUGUUCACCGAUUUACUGGAUCGCUGCUUAGCGCUGAAUCCUGAAAAGCGGAUCACCCCCGCUGAGGCGUUGAAACAUCCUUUCAUCAUGAAGACUUUGCGAUGA